AUGCUUCAUCAGAAUCCGGUUGUCUCCGAUUUAAUGGCCAUCGGUUUAUCUGCUACUAUCGCUCUCUCUGUCCUUCAUUUCUUUGAAGAAACUGCUAAACAACAUGUCUUCGACCAGAUGGGUUUUUCUUGUUUCUCUUUGGUUCUCAAUUUCAGGGGAAAGGACUCGAAGGCAAAAGACGCUGGAGCAAAGGGAAAGGGUAAGGAAAAGAAGGCAGGGGGAAGUGAUGAAAAUGGUUCUAAGGGAAAAGAAAAAUCUGGAAAGGCUUCAGAUGGGCUCGGCACUUGCACUUAUGAUCCUCCAGCUGAGUUUGCUAAGGUGAACUUACAUAGAGUUGCUCUAGCAGGAUAA